CAAGGCACCGACUCUCGAUUGACUUGUCUCCAAAUUUUGUAAUCUAACCCUUAUGAUGUCCGACUACAUGAGGAUAGCUGGGGCCAUUGUCUUGCCCAACCUUGGGGGAUUUGCAUCGAGCAUGGUCCAGAAACCUGAUAAGAUGGCAUGGUAUGACACUCUGAAGAAACCCUGGUGGACCCCACCUAAGAAGGCCUUUGCACCUGUCUGGAUAUCCCUCUACGCAGCCAUGGGAUAUUCUUCGUACCUCGUCUGGAAAGAUGGAGGUGGUUUUGAAGGCGAUGCCUUGGUCCCACUUUGUAGCUAUGGAGCAUCGCUCGCCCUCAACUGGAUUUGGACUCCAGUAUUCUUUGGAAUGCACAAGAUGGGAUUGUCUGUAGCCAUCAUCCUAGCUUACUCUGGCCUGAGCUGUGUGAAUGUAGCCUUGUUCUACCCCAUCAAUCGGACUGCAUCCAUGCUCCUCGUACCCCUCCUUGGCUGGCUCUCCAUCGCAUCUAGCGUCAACAUCUACACUUGGCUAAACAACAGAGAAACCAAGACGGAAUAAUAUCAGUUAUUAUCUAGUGUAAUGUAAACAUAUACAUUUUUGUGUGAUGAAUCUGUGUGUAAUAAAGAGGGUGUGUUCACAUCAGACUGGCUUUUCCUGGGGCUGGUUGCAUGAAAUGGUCUUUUCAAGGACUCUUUUGGGUUGAUUUAUUGUGAUGCGCCAUAUAAAAUGCCUUUUUAACAAAUUAUUUGCCAACAUUUGUUUAUUUUCCAUGAAAAUUAAUGAAUCCAUUGUUAAUAAAUAUUUUAUAAUAUGAAUAUGGAUUUCAAAAGUUUGGGAAAUAAAAUUUAUAUUUGGCAAUAAAUUUACAAAUUGCGUCAUAUGGUACAUCAAAAUAAAUGGGUGACACAAAAGACCUUCCUUUUGAAGACCCUUUUGUGCAAUCAGCCUGGAAGGUAUAUUAAAUUAAAAAUCAAAUUUGUACGAGGUCUUGGGCUGUAUGUUUCACAAGAUGCUAAGAAUAUCACAUUUAUGCCAUGUACAGUUAAUCCCUUUUAGCACUGCCAGAUACUUGAUUGAUUAUACAUUCAACUGGACAGAUUAUCCUUUUACAUAAUAAUCUCAACUUUCUCAAGCAUACAUAUAUCUUCCAUGAUAUUUUGAUUGACAGUUUCUAUUCAAAGUGUUUAUAUCCAUCAAUCAUUUCACUAAAAAUGGGAUUUUUUUCUUAGCUAAGAUGCAUGUCCAUUGCCUCCUGAAGUGAAUACAUGUAUGCAUUGGUGGACUGUGACCCGGAGGAGACAAAGCAUUGGGGGGGGGGCACAGCAUUGUUCACAAACAAUGCAGUGCCCCCCCAAUGCUUUGUCUCCUCCGGGUCACAGUCCGCUACUGCAUGUAUGCCCCCUUAAAUGAAAUAUUCAUGAAAGCAGAAGGUUGACUGGAUUUCAUACUUAAUGCCCGAGGUACAAAUAAUAUUGCUACAUGAACUUCUCCAUGUUAACCGAAAAGUACCAUUUACAUGUGUUUAAAGGUAUUUGAUGAAGUACUGUGUGAAAUUGCUUUUAAUAGUAUACUGUAUAUAUCUUGAAUGUAACAACAUAUGAGUGUUGUUAGAAAGUUUUAAAUAUCUAUCUGAAGUAAAUGCAGUGCAAUUC